UCUUAAAUAAAUACAAAAGAUAAUCUCUUUAGAGAGAGAGAAAGAGAGAGAGGUCAAUUACACUUCUUCUUCUUCUUCUACCUGGUUUUAUGCUAAUAAAGAUUCUAUUUCUAUAUAAUAUAUCUCUAAAAACUCAAAUCAGUUCUAGAAAAGCAAUGAGUGCGUUUUAAGCUAAAGACCCCACAUGCGUUUGGGUUUUUCAAAGCUCAUAUGGGGUAUUCUUUUUGGUUCACUACUCUCUCUCCCAUGGCUUUUUAUUUUUUUUGGCCUUUAAGAGACACUAUUAUGGCACCACAGUGACGUGGUUUCAACCUUUUACUUUCAUGGGUAUGAGUGGUUUUGGUCCAUUGUGAAUUGUUUACUAUUGAGUUUUGGAAUCUUUCUUGGUAGGUUGUUGUAGGGGUAGAGAGACUUGUAACAGUUGGGUUUUUUUUUGGGGGGGAGGGGUUGACCUAAAUUGCUUGUCUUAAUUAGGAUUAUUUGGUUUUGAGAUUUGCUGGUGUGUUUUGGAAAGUGGGGUAUGAAUAAUGUAAUGGAGUAAGUGGGUUUAGGUCCAUAGGUUUUUGCAGAUUUGGAACUGGGGUUUUCUUUUUUAAGCAAUUUUACUUCUUAUUGUUAGAUUUGGAAGUGUUUAGCAGGAAAAUUCUCCAAGUGUUGGGUUAGUUUCUGGGUCACAGAUCAGAAAGAGGAGCUACAUUGUGGUGGUCACUGGUGCUGGUGUUCAACUUUUUUCAAAACUUGGUUAGAGAAGGAACCAAGGUGCUGUUUGGGAGAGAAGAAAAUCUACUGUCGUUACUUGCACAUUGCCUUUACUUGAAGAAUUUUUUGGGUUCAGUUUGAGCUGUAUAGCAAGAGCCUUGGGUUUGAUUUGAUUUGAUUUGAGAUAAAAUGGCUUGUGUGAAAUUGGGUUCAAAAAGUGAUGCGUUUCAGAGGCAAGGACAGGCCUGGUUCUGCUUCACUGGGCUUCCUAGCGAUGUUGUUGUUGAAGUUAGUGAUAUGUCAUUCCAUCUUCACAAGUUCCCUUUGCUCUCGAGGAGUGGGGUGUUAGAAAAAUUGAUUGCAGAAGCAUCUGAAGAAGGAGAUGAAGGAUGUGUUGUAAAGCUUCCAGAGAUUCCUGGUGGGGCCAAAACUUUUGAAUUGGUAGCUAAGUUCUGUUAUGGUGUGAAACUUGAACUUACCGCAUCGAAUGUUGUGUAUCUUCGAUGUGCUGCAAAGUGCCUUGAAAUGACUGAGGAGUAUGGAGAGGACAAUUUAAGUACACAGACUGAACUUUUUAUCAGCCAAGUAGUCCUUCGUAGUUGGAAAGACGCCUUAAAGGCGCUCCAAACCUGUGAUGACAUUCUCUCUCAUGCUGAAGAACUCAAUAUCACGAAAAGGUGCAUUGAGUCACUAGCCGCUAAAGCAUCAACUGAUCCUAAUCUAUUUGGGUGGCCGAUGAGGGAGCAUGGGGGGCCUAUGCAGAGCCCUGGUGGGAGUCUAUUGUGGAAUGGUAUAAGUACUGGGGCAAGACCUAAAAAUUCUAGCUUAGAUUGGUGGUACGAGGAUGCAUCGACAUUAAGCUUGUCUUUGUAUAAGAGAUUGAUUUCUGCCAUGGAAACUCGUGGGAUCAAACAGGAAAUUAUUGCAGGAUCCAUCACUUUCUAUGCAAAGAAGUACCUUCCUGGGUUGAAUCGACGCCAGGGAACCAGUGAGUCUAGUAGUCGUCUUGGACCUGUGUCUAUGGGGACACCACCAUCAGAAGAAGAUCAAAAGCUUUUAAUUGAAGAGUUAGAUAGAUUACUUCCUUUGCAGAAGGGUCUAGUUGCAACUAAAUUUCUGUUUGGUCUACUUCGAACUGCAAUGAUUCUCCGUUCAAAUCCUACUUGCAUAUCAAAUUUGGAGAAAAGGAUUGGCAUGCAGCUUGAUCAAGCCACUUUAGAAGAUCUAUUAAUGCCCAAUUUCUCCAAUACCAUGGAAACACUUUACAAUGUAGAUUGCGUGCAACGGAUUUUGGGGCAUUUUCUUGCCAUGGACCAGAUAACCGGUGGGGCGUCUCCAUGUUCAAUUGAUGAUGGCCAAUUGAUGGGAUCACCUUCAAUGACACCAAUUACAAUGGUUGCCAAGCUCAUUGAUGGGUACCUUGCAGAGGUUGCCCCUGAUGUUAAUGUAAAACCCAACAAAUUCCAAGAGCUGGCUGCUGCUGUUCCCGAGUAUGCUAGACCUUUGGAUGAUGGUCUCUAUCGUGCUAUUGAUAUCUAUCUUAAGUCACACCCGUGGUUGGCAGAGUCGGACAGGGAACAAAUUUGCAGGUUGAUGGAUUGUCAGAAGCUCUCUGUAGAAGCAUGCACCCACGCUGCCCAGAACGAGAGGUUACCCCUUAGGAUAGUAGUCCAAGUUCUCUUCUUUGAGCAGCUUCAGCUGAGGACUUCCAUUGCCGGCUGUUUUCUUGUCUCAGACAAUCUUGAUGGAUCGAGACAAUUAAGAAGCGGGUUUGCUGGAUCCAACGAGGGAGGUGGUUGGGCCACAGCAGUGAGGGAGAAUCAGGUUUUGAAGGUCGGUAUGGAUAACAUGCGAAUGCGGGUGAAUGAGCUCGAGAAGGAAUGCUCAAACAUGAGGCAAGAGAUCGAGAAGUUGGGGCGUGUAAAGGGUACAUCUUCCUCUAGCGCAUGGGGAAAUGUAUCUAAGAAAUUUGGGUUCAAAUUAAAGUCUCAGAUGUGUAGUGCUCAAGAGGGUUCUGUUAGUAAUCAAAAUCAGGGGCUUGGGAAAGUUGAGAAAUUAAAAGAGAGACAUGGAAAGUCCAAGAGAACCUCUUCUAAAGAUGAGAAAAACUCCACCAAGGAUGACUAAGAAUUUGAUUUAAUUUGAUUUUUUUUUUCUUCAAGUUGAUGAUUUUAGAUCAGUCAUUUUUUCUUUUCUUAUUUGAAAAACUAUUUGGUUCUCUGUGUUGUAUCACUGAAUUAAUGGCUUCUGUAUUAAGAUGGUGGUGUCUAGUUGUGUAGUAGUUGAUAUGGAAAUGAUACUCUCAUGAUGUAAUUUGCUAUAAUUCAUGUAAUUGUAACAAAGUUAGGUAUGUCGUUUUAACCUCUUGAUGAGGCUACAAAAA